GCCUGAGGUGCUCGAUUUGUCUCCCUAGCAAGCUGGACAAGACGCGGUUUCGAAAAAGAGAUAAGGUUGCCUGUCCCCCUCCUUCUUCGCGAUGCUUGUCGAACACCGUCGUCUGUCUGCCAACGUCAAUCGCACGAAGCCCAGCUGUCAACAGGAUCCUGUUUCGACAUAACCAUUGCUCGACCUCAGGCCACUCACGUUCAUUCCUCGACAACCUCCCCUCCAUAAUCCAUCAUGGGCCAGACAGCAUCUCAACCUGCAGCCGACCGAUCCCUGCAGGUCAUCGGAGCUGGGCUUUCGAGAACAGGAACAACAUCCUUUGGCGCCGCCUGCUCAUACCUCCUCGAUGGCCCUUGCUACCAUGGCGGCACCCAAAUGCUCAACUCUCCAGAAUCACAUAUUAAGCGCUGGAUCGAUAUCAUCAAACAUACACCGGUGAAGAGUGAGGCCGACCGAAAAGCACUCAAUGAAGGUGUAAAGGAGAUGCUCGACGGUUAUGUCGCUUGUACCGAUCUGCCUUCCAACGCUUUCGUCGAGGAGUUGAUGGAGAUAUACCCAGACGCCAAGGUCAUCUGCACGGUCCGAGAUCCUGAGAAGUGGUGGGCCAGUUUGGCACCAAUUGUUGAGAAAGGAAACCUCACAGUCUUGUCCUGGAUCCUGGCACCUCUUCCAACCCUGCGCAUGUUCCGAACCUACCAUGACGCCUUGGAUGAGGGUCGUGUCGGCGAAUUAUACUUCCGUGAAGGCGAACCACAAAGACCAACCCGAGCCAUGUGGGAUCGACAUGUCGAGCACCUUAAGAAGAUCGUCCCCAAAGAGAAGUUGUUCUUCUAUGACGUCCGUGAUGGUUGGGAGCCAUUGUGCGCUAUCCUGGGUGUUCCGGUCCCCAAGGGUGUUCCUUUCCCCAAGUUGAACGAUGCUCAGGCAAUGGAGAGUUUCAUGAAAGCAAGCAUGAUGAAGGGGUUGAUGGCCUGGGCUGGUAUCUUCAUGACUGUCGGUGUUGCCGGGUUCUCCGCUGCCAAGUACGGCAAGCUCAUCUAAGCAUGUCUUUUUCGAACCAGUUUCUACUGACUGUUGUGGUGUUGGAUAUGCUUGCUUUGGUUUGGGUCGGGCGUUUGGUGCCUCACCGGACAGAAGAUGCUGGUGGGUCGACUGGAAUUUCAAGGUGAACAGCUUGUCGGCAAUGGUGUCCAAGGCGUUAUGAAUCAUGAGGUUGAGGAUGGGUUAUAAAUCUUCUGAUGUCGUCGGUAUUGGGAUAAUGAUUGAAAAACUUGAGACUGCAUUCACAUGAACCGGUGAAAUGGCAAGCAUUCGUCAGGGACUUGACUUCUUGUGGUCGGAUAGAUCUGAAAGACUUAGGACUGGCUAGAGCAUUCUAAUAUGAAGAUGAUGAGACGUUCCGAACA